AGGUAUUACGUAGGUUUUUAUGUAUAACACCAAAUAGGUAUCUACCAAAAUGUACUAUACUUCUAACUAUGUAUGUAUAGAUAUAGAAUAUAGAUAGAGACGGGACGUUGUUCGGCCAUAUUUGUUAUUGUGCUGAAUGGGGAUUUAUUUAGAUCAGUUGAUUUCAGAAUAGGAAGCUUUGCGUUUGGUGAUGUAUUUAAUUACUUUCCAUCCUGACUCCGGUGUUUUUUAUCCAGUGACAUAAAGGCAUUGUAGACAAAGGCGUUAUGCUUAUUUAGUGACAGUGGAUACCCCCUGUGGUAAUUCGCUUUGUGGUGAUCUAGCGAAUUUUAUUGAGUACAAUUGCAGCUUAACUUGCUAAAGUGGCGGGGGCAUCAGGCAGCAAUGGAAAAGGCGGACGACAAGCCGCCCCUGUUGACGUGGGGUCUCCCCUUCUCGAUUGGGAGGAGGGUGACCAUUUCAGUUUCGAGGACUCUGAACGAUUCGAAGAGGACUCGCUCUGCAGCUGGAGUUCGGAGCCCGAAAGUCUUUGUAACAACUGGCGAGGCUGGAAAAGACCGAACUUGCAGAAUUCUUUCGGAAACCGUUCUACAAAAAAAACCGUUCAAGAAGAUAAGAGUGUAUCAACGUUAAGUGAAUUAGCUGCAAAAUGUGUUGCGUCUCACAUACCGUUCGAACUAGUUGAACACGUCUAUCCGCCAGUACCGGAACAGUUACAGCUACAGAUUGCAUUUUGGAGUUUUCCGGACAGCGAAGAUGACAUACGGUUGUACUCGUGCCUGGCUAACGGAUCGGCAGAUGAGUUUCAGCGAGGAGAACAUUUGUUCAGAGACAGGGCUGUCAAAGAUGUCUUGCAAAUUGGUUUUCACUUGUCAGCUGGGGUGGUGCUCAGCAUGCCCCGCGCUCAGUUCAACGUCGCAGUCACAUUCGAUAGACAGAAGAUAUCCUCCUGCAACUGCACAUGCUCAUCCACUGCUCAUUGGUGUUCACAUAUUGUAGCAGUUUGCUUGUACCGAAUUCAUUUACCAACACAAGUAUGCCUCCGAGCGCCGGUAUCAGAGUCUCUUCAACGACUACGGCGAGACCAGCUGCAGAAGUUCGCACAAUACCUCAUAUCAGAGCUGCCGCGGCAGGUCUUGCCAACAGCUCAGCGUAUCCUGGACGAGCUGCUGUCGGCUCAGCCCAACCAGAUUAACACGACCUGCGGCGCUCCCGACCCCACGGCGGGCGCGUCCGCAUACGAAUACACGUCAUGGUUCCUGGACGAGAAAACUUUGCACAACAACAUCAAUAAGAUUCUGGUCAAGUUUUGCGUUCCGGCUCCUAUUGUGUUCAGUGAUGUGAACUAUCUCAGUACAAGCGCACCGCCGGCGGCGGCUGAGUGGUCGUCGCUACUGAGGCCGUUGCGCGGCAGAGAGCCCGAGGGAAUGUGGAACCUCCUCUCGAUCGUGAGGGAGAUGUACAAACGAAACGACAGGAACGCCAUACCUCUGCUCGAGAUUAUCACCGAAGAAGUGAUGGCGUGCGAACAGAUUAUAAUAUGGUGGUACAGCACGAAGGCGGCGCUGGUGGCGUGGGGCGGCGGCAGCGGCGGCAAGCACGGCGGCGGCGCGGGCAACUCCGCCGCGCAGCACGCCUGCUCCUCGCUCUGCGACGAGGUGGUGGUGCUGUGGCGCCUGGCCGCGCUGAACCCUGGACUGGCGCCGCACGAGCGCGACACGCUGCACGAACAAUUUGCUCAAUGGCACAUGAAAGUGCUGGACAAGGUUGCAAAGAACCGCAACAAUCACAACAUGACAUCAUCCCACUCGCGGCACCCUCGCCCGCACUCUCAUCCCCCCUACAUCAACGGCAUCAGUGAAAACGAGGUGUUCCCUGGCUUCCACCCGGCGAUGGAGGCGUGCUUCAUGGAAUGGGACGACUAUCAGAUCCCGGGCGUCACGUACACCAAGGACCUUAACCCGCUGUACCACAGCCCGUUCACCAUCUUCAGACAUUCCGACAAGCAAAACGAUAGCGUGCAUCAGGUGAACUCGUCGAAGGCAGUUCUAAAUAACGAAAUGUCGUUAAGCUAUAGACUGACAAAUCCAGACCCAAAUCUCAUUGGACACCGCAAUUUGAUACAUAGAAACAGUCGGCUCAACGUCGAUUUGGCUAUACCGGGACCAUCGAAUCAACACUGCGGCCCAGGUGAAGGCCCCAGCGAUGCGAACCGCGAUUCCGGACCUAGUGAUGGCAAUCAUUCCAGUGUGUCGUCAGAAGGGUUCUGUGAGAACGAGGAAGAGAUCCUGCAAGUGAGCGGUGGCGACACGGACUCGCACUCGUCCAGCUCGCCGGGCGUGUCCUCCGACGACGCCACGCGCCGCGUCUCGCACGACGACUCCGUGUCCGACGACGACUGCCAGCUCUACUACUACGACGCGGCCGCCGCGCGCCGCGCUGUGCAUCAAGAUGGACUGGGUCCGGAGGAGGGCGUGGGCGGCAGCGGCGCGGGGUCGUGCGGCGGCGGCGCGCUGUGCGGGUGGGAGGUGUCGUUCGCGCGCGCGGAGGGGCUGCAGGCGCACGGGCACGCGCGCGAGGCGAGCGCGCUGGGGGCGCGGCUGGCGCGCGAGCUGCUGGCGCGGCCGCCGGCGCUGCAGGCGGCGCACGGCGCGGACGCGCGGCGCCUGCGCCGCAAGCACGCGCCGCCGCCGCGCCUGUGCGCCGCCAGCCACCGCCUGUCGUGCCUCGCCUCCGCCACGCUCGCUAAGUGCGCAUUCUUAUGCACGGUGCUAGCUGAGUUCAGCGAACACCAUGAACUCGCUUUCCGCGUCGGCUUGUUCGCGCUGGAAAUUGCUCGCCCGCCAGCGAGUACGAAGGCUUUGGAAGUAAAACUAAACAACCAAGAAACGGAACUAGUUGCAUUACUAAAGAAAUUACCCACUGGCGCCGACCAGCUAGCCUUGGCACGGGAGAAAGCUGAACAGUUACGAGAUGGCGCCCUUAGACACCGUGGCCCGGCUUUACUCCCAAUCGCGCUUGCAAGUUUCCUGUUUGAUGUUCUCGUGCUCUCAGCUAAUGAGAAGGAAAGUAGAUAUAACGCGAGGUUGCCGACGGAUGAGGCACUAGGUUUCGAGGCUGCCGUAGCCGCUUUGGGGUUGAAGGCGAACGUGUCCGAAGCGGAACAUCCGCUGCUAUGCGAAGGGACGAGGCGCCAGAGGGGAGAGUUGGCUCUGACGCUCCUGUCUUACUAUAAAGAUGAUCCAGUCAAACUGGCGAGGAUUAUGAACAAGUUGCUGGACCGCGAGAUCCACCAGUUGACGAAGGGUCCGAUGGUGAGCCUGUACUACAGCAGCAACCCGCGCCCGCUGCCGCGCGCCGACUCGCUGCUCUACUCACACCCGCCGCCCUGUCGCGCGCCGCAGCAAGCACCGUGCCUCGUCGCUAGCGAUAUGGAGCGGUUAACGAUAUCGGAGGGUGGCCCAUCUCCUCCCACUCACAUGCAACACGGCAUGCACGCGGCGCACAGCUCGCACGCACCGCACGGGUCGCACAUGGCGCACAGCUCGCACGCACCGCAUGGCUCGCAUGUGGCGCACAGCUCGCACGCACCACACGGAUCGCACGUGGCGCACAGCUCGCACGCACCGCACGGAUCGCACGCGCCGCACAGCUCGCACGCAGGUCACAGCUCGCAUGGAUCGCACUCUCAGUCGCAUUCCUCCUCGCACGUCACCGCUGCUAGGAGUAAAGACUCGAGAUACAAAGGCAAACGUUUGUAUCCGUCCGUCCCGAACCAGCCAUCGGAAGCAUCAGCACAUUUUAUGUUCGAGCUUGCAAAGUCAGUGUUGUUUAAAGCAGGUGGUUCUUCCAGCACUAGUCUAUUCACUCAGAAUUCAUGCAGAGAACAUCAUGGACCUCAUAGGGGCUUGCACAUGGCAGCAUUUCAGUUAGGUUUGUACGCCCUGGGACUGCAUAACUGCGUAUGCGCAAAUUGGCUUAGCAGGACAUAUUCGUCUCACGUCAGCUGGAUUACAGGUCAAGCUAUGGAUAUUGGCGCGCCUGCAAUAUUGUUCCUCAUAGAUGCAUGGGAGGGGCAUUUGACUCCACCAGAAGCCGCUAGCAUUGCAGAUAAGGCAUCGUCGGGGCGCGACGUGGGCACGGUGCGCGCGGCGGCGGAGCUGGCGCUGUCCGUGCUGCCGCAUGCGCACGCGCUCAACUACAACGAGAUCCAGCGCGCCGUGCUGCAGUGCAAGGAGCAGAGCGACGCCAUGCUGGAGCGCGCCUGCCUCACCGUAGAGGAGGCCGCCAAGGCCGAACGCGACAGAGGCGGAGUUUAUCCCGAAGUUUUAUAUACAGUAGCUCGUUAUUGGCAUGAGCUAUAUUUACGUCAAGCUAAUGAAGAGACGGAGCAGUUGUUGGAAGAACCGCAGUACCGCGCCGUACCGCCCGUCGCCGUGCCCGUACAGUACGCCGUUCCGUAUCCGUUCACAUACCAUCCGUAUCCUCCGCCCAUAUAUCAGCUGCAGUACGGCGCCGCGGCUGGCACACAUGGUCCUCCACAGUAUGCGCUGCCGCCGUACUUCGUGCGCGGCAUCGCGCCGCCGCCCAUCCCUGUCAAUGUCAGCGUGCAUUCUGCGGUAAGAACUAAACAAAUACCGCUGGCGACGCCGAUCCCGCCGCCGCUACCGCCGCUGCCGCCGAUGCCGCCGCCGCCGCACGUGGCGGUGAGCGCGGCGGGCGCGGCGCCGAGCACGUCGGGCGCGGCGCCGGGGCAGCAGGUGCAGCUGCGCCGGCUGCUCUCCGCCUACCGCGUCGGCAUGCUCGCGCUCGAGGCGCAGGCGCGACGCGUGCAUGACGACCGACCACAGAAUAAGUUUGGCAGGAACCCUCCGUACGGCGAGCACGUGAAGUGGCUGCUGCGCAUCUCGAAGCGCCUGGGCGCGCAGUACCUGCACCAGUUCUGCGUGUGCGCAGUGAACUCGGUGGUGUCGCCGUUCGUGCUGUACGAGCUGUGCCUGGAGUCGGCGCACUGGCUGGCGCGCGGCGGGCCGCACCACCUCGUCAUGCAGCACAUGCGCGGCACGCUGGCGCCGCUCGUGCAGAAGUGCCAGCAGAUGUACAUUCAGUGCAUUCACCAAAAGCUGUACCAUUUGACGGCCAUGGAAUAUGAAGAAUUUGUGAGCAUCGUGCUGUCAGCUCGCACGGCAUUCCAGCUCACGCCCGAUGGAAACACGCAGUUCAAAGAGUGGCUCGCGUCCCUGCGCAGGUCGAAGUCGUGCAAGAAGGACCUGUGGACGCAGCUGAACGCGGCGCUGCAGACGAACGGCAAAUGACGUCGGCAGCCGAUAGUUUGUAUGAUGCGGACCUCCGCGCGCAAACUGUCACACUACCGGCGAUGGCCUCGGUAUCGGCUCAUGGUCCAUCUACACCCAAUUUAAAUAUUAAAUUUAUUGUUUUAUUUGUAAUUUAACUAUACUAUAUACACUGUAUUUUAUCGUUGUGUCGCGUUCAUACAUACACGGUUAUUUUUAAUUAUGUCCAUGGUAAAAUGACAGGUCAUUUUAAGAUUUCUGCGGCGAACUCGCGUGGCAACUUGUCAUUUUAUAUGUCGACUUUAAAAGCUGGAUUUUAGACGAUAAAUGUGCUAAUAAUAGCAUUUAAUGUUUUCGAAUCUGCUACUGGUUGGUAAUGGACUGAAACUCUCUGAUGUGAGUUGGACACUUGAUUGCGUGAAACUGAAGUGGUUCUGUCGUCCUUACGUCGUAAUUAUCAUCUAAGUAUAGAAAUACAUCGUAUUCUACAACCUCAAGGAAGAAUGUGGGAAUAUACGUGAGGCAUUAGCGCUUGUGCGGACACUUCUCGCGUCUAGAUUUAAAUUACAAAUAAUUCAAUCGAAUGGACAAAAAAAAAAUACCUCUGUUAGUAAAUAGUUUAACCGCUCGAUUAGAGGGUAAUCGAUCUCAGUAUAAACGAGGAAUGUACUGCAAAAAAUGUUGCUAACUCCAAAGUAUAAUGAUGAUGGAAGUUAUAUACACUUUUAUCGAACUUUAUAAAAUUUUCCCUGACAGCUGAAAAAAUAAUAUGAUAAAAGUUUGAAUUGAAAUACAUGAACGGGUCCAUCGACUAUUGUACUUCAAAAGAUCUCAAAUAUAAAUAAUUUAAGAAUUUGCAAAUACGGUCAAGAAACUUCUUCAUUUCAACUAUCUGUUUGAAUUAAUCGAAAGGUAAAUUCAAGCUCAUUUGAAGGUUGUGCUUUGAAUAGUCUGACAUUUGGUUGUAAUCAGAGUUCCAACAGCUAUGAACAACUAUUUCUAUAAUAGAUAACUCGAUACAACUGUGAAUCGUCGACAGGGGAGCUUAGCAACAUUUCACCUUAUAACAAUUUUAUCGGUGUGCAAUGUGCGACGAGACUAUUAUUUCUUAGUAUAAUAACGUAUGUAAUAUAAACGUAUGCAUUGCACUUAACUUUCAUUAUACAUUCGCUUUCUUUUUAUCUUUAUUUCAUCGACUCGACACUAAACUAGUCAGUGGUUUUGAGAAUCCGUAAUUUAUCGAUAAACCAGUGGAGCUUCAACGCAAUUGCUCUUUUAGUUUUUUUUUUGCUUUAUUAGUAUAAUUUUUGAAUGGUUUCAUUUGACGAUCUUGUGUCAGUAUUGAGUUAUUCUCAAACGCGCAGAAGGUAUUAAAUGUAAACUGAAUGAAGACAAAAUGUUAAUCAGUGACUGAAGCCUUUCUUUUCCGGCUACAUAUUUACAGCAAUAUCAAAAACUUUUCGGUUACGGUUGGCAUUUCGUGUUAUUAGUUAAUUUGACACGCUAGGUGGGAAACUGUUUACUUAAGAAUUUAACAAACAUGUACUACUUAACAUAAAGUGUAGAGUAAGCCUAGUUAAUACGAAUUUAUGGGAUAAAACGGAUUUUAGUUUAAUAUCUACGUACACACGACGCCACGUCAAUGUCCACUUGGCGAUUUAAAGAUCUCUUUUGUUUUUUUUUUGCAAGUAAUUUGAAUUUAAUUUGUUCACAUGCGCUGCUCGUAUUUUAUAAACAAUAUAUUUUUUUCUUUCAUGUCCAUUUUAAAAGCAAAAAUACGUCGUUAUUAUAAAAUUAAUACGGAAUUAUGUAUUUUAAAAUUGCUCUAAUAAGAUAUAAUUGUUAGGGAGUGUUCGGAAUAUAUCGAUAUUGGUAAGUAUAUUUAUAAAUCGACGUUUGUUUCUGUUUGUUCAUCCGUAGCACGUUUAGAUUCCAUAACUUACGGCGAUAAGCAGUUCGUCUGGUUUGGUCGAUUUAUAAAUAUAAAAACACACGUUUAAUAUUGGCUAAAAGGCUGGAAAUUCAAAAUUGAUAACAAUAGUCCACAUAAUACUGAGUAUUGGCUUAAGAUGUUUCAAGUGACCUAAGAUAGUGUCAUUAAGCUACAGAGAUAUUAGUCAGAAUGUAGGUGAUGACCGUCGAUACACACUAUUUUUGAUAUUCUCUUGUCGAAAUUCGCAGUUUCAAUGAGUGUUUACGUAUUAACGUCUUGAGGAGAUAAAAUGUAGACGUGCGUUCGAUUAACUAUAGUAACUUUAUUUACACGUUUAUAAUUAUAUUAUUAUUAUAUAAUAUUAUAAUGCAAAGUAGCGUCUUGAGAGCCUUUAAUAUGUAACUAAAUAUGGUAUAUGAGGCGGGAGAGCUGGCAACAAACGUAUUUUUUAUCGACAUUGAUGCAUUUGCACUUUUGUACUCAGUGGCGCUAUAAUCAAGCAUCGAUUGCAUAGUUUAGUGUUCGAAUGCGCUAGUUAUGUGUAUGCGUUGUGGAUGUGCUCGUAAAUGUGUUGUAAUAUGAUAAUAUGAUUAGAUGACACAUAUGACACGAGACUUGUAUGUUCUUGUCGUAGCGACCAACCUCGUGCAUGUCGAAUGUCGAUAUUUGAUAUAAUCAAUAUACAUAUAUAAAGUUUGUAAUGUGAACAAUAAGAUCUUCCAACCGUAAAGCAAUAAUAUAAUAUCAUUUUAUACAUUUACAAUUAUGUAUAUCAAAAUUAGUGAACUUUUAAAGUGUAUGACUAAUUGUUCGUAUAAUAAUAUUUUGCAAAUUGUUGUCUAAAUGGGGGUGUUACAUGGAUUAGUACGGAGUACACCUCAUUCAUGAUAUUGGAUGUUAAAAUUAAUUAUUGUAAUAUAUGAAACAUGUACUUGAUGGUAGGACAUAAUGAGAUACCUCAUUAUGUCACCAAUCAAUUGCUCAAUUUGAAUACUGGAUGUGUCAGUUCAGUACGAUAGCCCAUGUGCCUUGACACCACCUAAAGGAUUAUUUAAUGUUCUAUGUAAAAGCGACUGAAAACAUGAAAAUAACUAGAAAAAAAAAACAUCAGGCAGUCUUGAUGAAAAAAAAAAUACAAUUGUAAUAGUAUAAAUAUUUUCCUCGAUACAACAGAUAUGAACAUUUGUUGUAAUUGAGUACUUGACUAGUUAGAAGGAUAUAAGUAAUUUGUCGUAUAAAACACAUGACGUUACUCGGUUAAUACUAGAUUCAAGUAAUUCAAUAUUUAAAAUUCCAUAGCGAUUAUAUUCCGGAAUUUAUUUUGUAUCCAGAAAUCACAUAAAUUGAAGACUAUAUUCUUAAAAAAUCUAGUCAAAUACCCAAUUAAAUGAACACAAUGUUGUCGACAUCAAUGUUGUUAUUCUGCAACGUGUUUACACUAAACGAGAUGCAGUGGAAAUAUUGUCGAGAGAUCAAAUAUAGUGCGACAUUGAGAAUGACAUGUUUGUUGCCAGCCUCGGCGUCGAGUAGUUUUAGUUCAAUAUCUUUGUAAAAUUAGAUGUUUAUAUGCAUUCAUUCGAAGUGUGAAUGUUCUCAGCAUUCGGUAGAUAGUAAAUUUUUAGAAUGCUAGUUAGUUUAAAUUGUGGUUCGUAAGGAGUGAACAAAAUUGAAAACGAUACAUUUAGGUUUUAUCUUUACACCACUGUAAUGAGGGAAUUCUUUAUAAUAAUGUUUAGACUUUCUUACGUAGUAUAGUUCACAAGAACUCGUUGAUUCGAUAGUUAUUUCUCGACAGGUUCCGCUGUUACCGAUUCGUUAAUAAUGCACUUUGAGUUUAUUUUUGGAAGCUUGCAAAAGAAGAGCACUACACAAUAAUACAUCUUAUAUAAGAGUAGCUAGUUUUACCAUCACGACUGAUCGUCGUAUGUUUGAUUCGUACGUAUGCGUAUGUAAUAUUUCUCGGCCUUAGAGGUGGUAUUGAAAGUUACUCAUAUUUUUCGAAACUGGCAAAGGGUCCUCAUCUUUCCGGCUUCUCUUUUGUAAUUUUUGUGAAAUCUUAUAAUCUUUAAAGCGAUUUGCAAACUGCAUUUAUGCAUAUCAGUACCUUUAUGUUGUAUCGGGUCCCUUUCGGAAAAUUUCACCCUCCACCACUGCUUCCCGAUACUUAACACGGAGUCAUGAGACUAGGUACUGUAGUGGGAACUUGGGGAGUAGGCAGAAUGUCUAUGAUUUUAAUUACUUUUUCUUCACAUGACUGGUUUAUGAUAUACAUGCGAAUAUGUUAUGUGUAUUGACGUUAUUUGAUAAUAUAUUAUUUAAAUUUAUUUAACCAUCUCCGUUGGUACGCUGUUUAUUCAUUAAGAUACGAGUAAUGAUAUACUAUUUUUAGAUUGAAGUCGUGCUGUUUUAACGUUUUGAUGUGCUCUUCUUAUGUAACGCACGAUUCGUAAAAUAAUAAUGUUAACAGUCGACUUGAACUGUGCACUGGCCACUUCGCGAAAUGCAUAAUUUGUCGUAAUGAAUUUGCCGUCCAUUUUUAAUUUGCAAAUCACUAAUAUAAAUUUUUUGGUUUGUACAUUUUCCUAGUUAGACGACGAAAUUGCCUAUUCAUUAUACAGUUAAUAUAUACAUUGUCGUACGGUUAAUGCUCGCUGGGCAUUAUUAACAUAAUCCGGUAUGUUUUCGAAAUAUUAAAGUUUCUUCUGCAUAUGGCGUUAAAGUAUGCUUUGACGUUUUGUCUGAAAAAACUAUUUUUACACUAUAAAUUAAUUAAAAAAUGAUUGAAAAAAAAAGAUAAAUAUAUAGUUAGUUUCGUAAUAAUAAAAUGUUAGUAUGAAGGCAUAUUUUAAUUAGUCGUUUAAUGCAUGUUCAUAGUUGUAAUUCGCCCAGUGUCAGUCGAGUUUGCGAGGCGUCCUGUAGGUGUUGCGGUUUUCUAGUUGUUUUGCAGGUUGGCAAUAGCACAUAUCAGUUGGGUUCUGUAUUGUGCACAUCGCGUCAUACAUUUGCCAGUUUCAUUUACGCAUGUGCAUAUUAAAUAUCACAAUGAUUUAUGACAUCAGUUUAUGUAAAACACAUUUGCGAAUUUGAGCCAUAAUGUUGACGAGACAUACAGCCAUGCACAAAUAAAUUAUGUUAACAAAUAAAAACAUAGAGAGUACUAGCACAAUUUGGAUCUUUACCUGGUCUUUUACGUAUUUUAUUAGAAUUCGCUAGUAGCUUUACUCGCUUAAAAGUACACCAAAUUGUAACCUAGAUAACUCUCUACAAUUUUCUCUAUCUGCCAAUGAAAGUCGUAUUAAAAUCAGUUCAGCAAGCCAGACGCUAGAAUAGCCUGGCCAAAUGCACAGACAUUAGAAAAAAUAAAUGACAAGAUCUAUACGCCUCAAUUAUGUAUGUACUCGAAGAGUUCUUUUGUAUCUAAUGUAAAGUCAAGAAAAACAUCGUAUAAUGAAUAGCAACCGUCUAUUUUUGACUGAGUAAUGUUAAUUUUGAUUUGAUUGUAUGUCUUGUCGACUUUGUUGUUAACAUAUACAGCUAGGGCACGUUGAUUGGGUACGUUGGUAGAGCAAGGAUCGUGGGCGAUGUCGUUGUGCAACGAGCACACAACAGAGUACUGAGUUUAGUUGUUUAAUACUCAUGGCAAUGCACGUGGAACACUACGUCACAUCACAGUCAGUUAGAGGUAAUUACGAUACUAUAGCAAGUCUGUUUAGUUCUAAAACUAUGAUGCAUAAUUAUUUUAUACAUCUGAAUUUGUAGUUUAAUUGAAAUACACUUUGUAAGUGUGGUGUUUCCGCCUAUUAAAGUAUGUAUGUAACCAUUACAGAGUUCGAAUGGCUACUUAUUAUUAGUGUACGUAAUAAAUUUAUAUAAUGAUAUUUGAUUGUUCAUAUCGCAUUAUUGUCAUUUGCAACAAAAAGGUACAGUGGAGAACAACUGUUUGUUAUGAUAUAUUUUGAAAUUGUUCCAAAUUAACGUUGCGUUACCCUCAAAAUGUUUAUUUUGCAGUAUAGGAUAUGGCUAUACCACAAACAGUUUUUAUCUUCGUGCCACGAUCAAAUCGGUUCAUCAUAUUAUUGUCAACCACGUUCACUCUUAGAGGACGUAAGACUGACAACAAUAAAGAAUGAAAUAGUCCUAUGUGGAACCAUCAUUUUAAUCCUCAGGAUGUCUGAAAACAAUACACUACCGCUUUCAUUGGCACUACGGCAAUUGACAUAACAUUUUUUGGUAUCUAAGUAUAUUUUGGACGUUUUAUUGUUUUUCGACAUCCUGCAUUAACAUAGAAGUGCCCAUACAUUAUAAUAUUUAUUGAUUAAUAUAUUAUAGCACUAGACAUUUUGCUCCGUUGUCGCAAAUGGUUGUAAUUAUAAAAGUAUAAUUAAUAUUAAUUAGUAAAAUGAUAGACUGUUUUGCACGAUUUCUGGUUUGACCGUAUUAUCUCUUUGAUCUUGCCGCGAUAUCGGUCUCAACGCUAAAUGUGGUCGCGGAACAAAAUGCUCUGCGGGUGUCAAACUAUAUUUCUUCAUUUGGCGUUCGGAUCGAUAUGGCGAGAACUUGCUAUAUAUGAUGAUUUAUCUCUUGCAAUAUCUCCCUAUAUUAUAAAAUGUAUGUUUCCAUUUAAACUCGAAAUAUUUUGACCUCUAGAACAUUUUUAUUAUUAAUUUUACGAUUCACAUAUUGUAAGACUUUUUUGGCAACAUAUUUGAAGUAACAUUAUUUAAUGAUUCAAUAUACUUAUUCUGUAUUUAAGAAA